AAAUAACGGCAGUCCACCGGGAAAAUGAUAUAUUCGUCAACAGACACUAACGUCGUCAUAGAAACCGUCUAAAACGACCUCGCUCCUUCCCUCUCUUUCCUCACUGUGGAGUCAAGUUUUUCAGUCUGAAAAAAAGCUCUGGUUCUCAGUUCAAAACAGCGCCGUUCGAUAUCAAGUACACAUACAGAUACGGUUCGGUUAUUGGUGUCUGUAAGAAAAGUAUCCGUGGUUUUUCUAAGAAUGGUUUGUGGAUUGCAUGUCAAGCUAAAACUUUGGAGAUGUAAGUGAGAAUUUUAGUUUUUAAGUUGAAGAUUAUAUUGAGUUGUGUUCGAGGAUGGGGUCUGCUUGUUGUGUUGCUUCUAGAGACAAGUGUAUAACUAGUGGAGUGGGUGGAGUGGGUAGUGAGCUCUUGCAUAGGAAUGUUCGACAUUCACCGACAUGGAGCUUUCGAUGGGAUAACCGAGGGAGAGUAGCUGGUGAAGAGACUUCUGUAACUUGGCUUUCAGAUGGAAUAAGUCGGAAUGAUGUAGCAGAUAUAAAAUAUGAAUCGGCAUAUGCAUCGGAGGAGGGAAGUCCAUUAGAUAGUUUUCCAAGACAUAUACUGCAAAAGUGCCCAGUUCCUGAAGGAAGCAAUGCUGGGAAUGUGAGGACUCCAAAUUCAGAUCAAUCUAUUUCAAGAAAUGUCUCUAUGGAUGCAAGUUUGGAACAGAUUAAGGAGUCCUCAGAAUCUGCGGCAGUUUCAUAUCCAUCUCCUCUAAAAUUAUCAUUUUCAGUUCCAUCAACUUCUUCAUUGUUGGCAUCCCCUUUGCCAUCCCAAAAUCAUUUGUGUCCCACCAGUUCAACUACAACAAAGUGGCCCCGUCAUUCUCCUGGACAUCGACUACUAAGACAGGUAUCUGAUAGCUGGAUCUCAGGAUCGAAGUCUUUGAAUGGAUACUCUGUUGGGGAGGAAAGGCCAGUGGUCCCUUCAUGGAGCAAUGAAUCAACUGAGGGCUCCUGUGCUGGGUCUUUCGAUGGUUGGUCCAUGCCUGCCUUUUCUGAAAUCACGGCCACAUCUCAUAAAGACAUAUGUUCUUUUGAUAAUGAGUCCUUGGGCUUUAGUCAUGAGAAGUUAACUAGAUUUGGUAGCCAAAUUUCAGCUGCUUCUCCUGUUAAUCUGCAAACAUGUUGUGUUUGCUCUAAGCUGUUGUCAGAGUUUGUUGUGGUUGCAGUUUUAACUUGCGGGCAUGUUUUUCAUGCUGAUUGUUUGGAGAAUAUAACUGCUGAAAUUCACAAGUAUGACCCUGCAUGCCCAGUUUGUAUUUUAGGGGAGAAAAAGACCCUUAAGUUGUCUGAAAAAGCAUUGACAUCAGAGAUGGAAUCAAAGGCUAGAAGUAUCAAAAGAUCAAGGAACCGGAUUAUGGAUAGCCAUCUUGAUCAUAAAUCUUUCAUGUUUGAUCACCUUAGAAGUAGUAGAAAUGGAGGAAAGAGUCCCAAGAUUGCUUCCACUUCCAGCAUGAAAAGCUCCUUAGGAAAGCCUUUCUUGAAGCGACACUUCUCCCUGCGAUCAAAGGGGAGUAGGUCCCCAUCAGAAAAUCCUUCUACAUGGAAGAAGGGGCUUUUCUGGACCAAUUCUAGCAAGGCAUGAACUGCUUCUCACCUGUAAAGAGAUGCCAAUUGUUUGAUCUUCCACGGAAUCUCAUUUAGUAGAUGAAGGGUGGUGGACAUUUUUCAUCAAGAUUUUUGAAGAACAAAUCUUCAUACAGACCUGGAAACUUCACAUAAUUAAUUACUGGAAUCACUUUGUAAAGAAGGAAAAAGAAAUAGAUAAAGGAGGUAAUCAUGCAAAAGAAAGUAGUAGAUUGAAAAUCCAUUGUGAAACUAUUGGUCCUACAAUACAGAUAAAUUUGUUUCUUGCUUGGACAAAAAUGAAUUCAUUCUAUUUAAACUCUGUA